GGGGAGUACCUGAGAAACCGUGCCUAUAUAACCACGACGUUCCGGUUAUUGGACCGAGUUAAGCGAGUUUUCCUGUGCGCUAGGGAACAGAGUUUUAACGCCGGGGUCCCCUAACGGGCGACACCAGUGAAAUUAUGAGAAUCCGCCUGAGAUGUGCGGUCUUGCUCGCACCGCUGCUGCUGCAAGUCGCCCUUGUGAGCAGCAAAGCGUUAGAUCAGAACAACCAGUUGGGGUUGCAAGCUCAGUGGCAAGGACAAGCUCUGAGUGAGGGCAUUCAGAAGAGGUACGAUCCAUCAGGAGGGUUUGACAAUCAUCACGACGAUCACCAUGAGAAGGGCUACUGGAAGAAAAAGCUGAUAUGGAAGCCGGGCUGGAAGAAAAUAUGGAACAAGGGACAGAAGCAGAUAUGGAAAACCGGUUGGAAAAAAAUCUGGAAACCGGUGUGGGAACCUACGAAGCGCGCAGUGUGGAAGGAAAUACAAGUGCCCGCAUGGAAGAAAAUUUGGAAGCCCGUUUGGAAGGAGAUACAGGUGCCCGUAUGGAAGGACAUUAAAGUGCCGGCUUGGAAGAAAAUUUACAAGCCCAUCUGGAAGCCGAUUAAAGUACCAGCAUGGAAGGAAAUCAAAGUACCCGAUUGGAAGAAAAUUUGGAAGCCCGUUUGGCGGGAGAUAAAAGUUCCAGCGUGGAAAGAAAUUCAGGUCCCAGCGUGGAAGAAACUCUGGGUGCCUGAGUGGAUUAAAGUUGGAAUACCUGGUGAACAACAUCUGGGGACUGAUCAUUCUGGCUGGGAGUACACCAGCCACGAUUUGUGGAAGAAAAAGUUAAUCUGGAAGCCGGUGUGGAAGAAGUACUGGAAGCCCGCGAAAAAACAGAUCUGGAUUCCGGAUAAAAAGCUCGAGUGGAAGGAGGCUUGGAAGCAAAUAUGGAAAUCGGCGAAGCAGCAGAUAUGGGUGGACGAUAAGAAGCUCAUCUGGAAGGAGGAGUGGCAGCAGAUAUGGAAGCCCUCGAAAAAGCUCAUUUGGGUGCCGGAUAAAAAGCUGGAGUGGAAGGAGGCGUGGAAGCAGAUCUGGCGGCCGGAUAAAAAGCUCGAGUGGAUUCCCGAUAAAAAGCUCGCGUGGAAGGAGGCCUGGAAGGAGAUUCAGGUGCCGGCGUGGAAGGAAAUUUGGGUUCCGGGAUGGAAGAAAAUAUGGAAGCCCGUUUGGAUAUCGGAGUGGUUCCCCGCUGAAGAUCAUCAUCAUCCUCACGGCGGAUGGGAAGACCGUAAGGACGAGGGGGCGACGGAUGACCAGCGACAGAGAUUAGCCCGUCAGAGCCAACCGUUACCCCUUGUUCAGCAACAACAACAGCAACCCAUUGCCCCGGGGACGGGCCCAUUGCCCUCGAUAACCGAUGAUCUGGUACCGCCCGCCUCCAAUCAACAAGCGACAUGGAAAUUCCCGAGUAGUUGAGGAAAAACACUAGACUACAUGAGCUUGUACAAAGAACACUCACCAACUCUUCGAUUAAUCGAACAAACGGAGGGGCCUUACGUACUGUAAUAUAAGCCGAUGUACAUAUAUACUCAGUUUGAGAUUAAGUAGCGCAACGAAAAUGCUGUACCAAGAUUUUUACUUGGCAUUUCGUCUCACCAUUUUUUAAUAUUAUUGACUUGUUUUUUUUUUAUACUCAUUUGUUUUUUCUGCUGGAAACGUUAAUUGUUGUCAUGAUUGUUGAUUACUGCCUGUUGCGAAUAAAAUUAUGAUAUUUUUUGUUAAAAAAAAA